AUGGAUAAGGAAGAGAGUGGUCUUGCGGACAUCCCGGAAGAGUCCCAGCACUGGGCGAGGGGACAGCCGCCAGCAAAGAACCACCACCACCACCACCGCGGAGUCUGCAGACCACGUCCACGUCACAUUCAGCCGCCGCAGAUUGUCUCCAUGGAGGGCUUGAUAGAGCGACUGGAGCGCGCAGUCACUCGUUUGGAGCAGCUGUCGGUCACCAUGCAGGUAUCCAGCAGUCUGACCAACGGGAACUGUGCGAACGGCAUGGACGGAGAUAUGUUGCAGCACGUGGAGGCCUUUGACGUCCUUCUGAGAGGCCCAGUGUCCGAGUACAUUCGCCACAGUCAGGCCAUUGGAAGUGACGUGCAGAAACAUGCAGAAAUGGUGCACGAGGCUCUGCAGACGCAAAGAACGUUUCUCAAAAUGGCUGCAACCCACCAAGUGCCUGCUAAGGCGGAGUUGCGUGACCUGCUGAAGCCAAUUUCCGAGCACAUCCAGGAAAUCCAAAACUUCAGGGAACGACACCGCGGCAGCAGCCUCUUCAACCACCUCUCUGCUGUGAGCGAGAGCAUCCCGGCUCUGGGCUGGGUGGCAGUGACUCUAAAGCCCGGUCCAUAUGUGAAAGAGAUGAACGAUGCUGCCACCUUUUACACUAACAGAGUUCUCAAAGACUAUAAGGAAAGCGACAGACGGCACGUGGACUGGGUGCACUCGUACCUGUCGAUCUGGACCGAGAUGCAGUCUUACAUCAAACAGCAUCACUGCACUGGGCUGGAGUGGAGCAAAAUUGGUCCGAUAGCUCCUGCGUCUCUGGUCUCCGCGGCCCCGGGUGCACCCUGUCCUCCCCCUCCUCCUGCCCUCGGACCACCUCCAGUGCUGCCAGACGACCGUGAAGCAGGCAGCACUCCGUCACAGCACUCGUCGCUGUUUGCCCAACUCAACCAGGGCAUGGACAUCACUAAAGGUCUGAAGCAUGUCGGUGAUGAUAAAAAAACACACAAAACUCCAGGUCAACGCUCUCAAACUACAGUCACAGCCAAAACAAAGGCCCAAGGGAAAGCAAGCUCUCCCAAAGCAAGUGUCCAGAAACGGCCCCCUCUGCUGGAGCUGGAUGGGAAGAAGUGGCGAGUGGAAAACUUUGAGCAGAAACACGACCUAGUCAUUGAUGAGACAGAGUUAAAACAUGUUGUUUAUGUUUUUGGCUGCAAUAACUCUACCCUCCAGGUUAAAGGAAAAAUUAACUCUAUUAUUAUCGACAACUGCAAGAAGAUGGGUCUGGUUUUUGAAAACGUGGUUGGCAUUGUUGAGAUAAUUAACUGCAAAUCCAUCCAACUACAGGUUUUGGGGACUGUGCCCACCAUCUCUAUCAAUAAGACUGAAGGCUGUCAGGUUUAUCUGAGCAAAGAGUCUCUCAACUGUGACAUCGUGAGUGCCAAGAGCUCCGAGAUGAACAUUCUGAUUCCCAAAGGAGAGGACGACUAUAAAGAGUUCCCAGUACCAGAGCAGUUUAAGACAGUGUGGGAUGGCUCCAAACUUGUGACAGAGCCCACAGAGAUUGCUGGAUAA